UUGGCCGAAUUGAAACUCGAGCGACUCGACUUGUGUGAGAACGAAAUCACUACCCACCAAGGGGCAAGGGCUACCCAAAAUUCAAAAUAAAUUACAUUGCGUUAAAUGGAUUGCUGUCGGAGCAGUGGUCAUUCAGAAUGCGUGUAAAAAUCUAAGGAUACUGGACGACGGAAAUUGUGGAAAUUUGCGAGCGAGCGAGCGUGGAGAUGAAAGGUGGGGGCGUGGGCGUUUCAUCGUCAUACUCCCUUCCGGCUAAGAGAAGAUGGAAAUGUUUCGUGAUAGCGGUGCUGGGCCUGGUGUUUCUCUCCAUGCUAGUGCCCCUCGUCUUCUUGCUCGGCCUCCACAAUGGUUUCCACUCGAGCACCGGAUAUGUCAGUGAACAGCGGAAUUCAGCCUCCAAUCAUUUUCCAGUCUACGAUCAACGAAAUGCUGCUCAUAGUAGAAAGGAUUCCAAGGUUAAUCAAUCAACACUUACGGAAGAUCUUAUUAGAAGAUUUGCUCCCACACUGCCAGAGAAUUUGGGAAAUGUCUCCAUUGAUGAAGUUCAUAAUGAUGCAAAUGGAAAUUCCAUGCCAGAGAAUUUGCCAAAAGAAGAAGUUAAAAAGAAUAGCAGGUCUCUUGUUAAAGCAAAACCAGAAGAGAAUAAAAUAGGGGCAGAUGAGAGUGAAAUGAUUUGUGAAUUAAAAUUUGGGAGUUAUUGCUUGUGGCGUCAACAACAGAGAGGAGAGAUGGAAGACUCUGUGGUGAAGAGAAUGAAAGAUCUGCUUUAUGUUGCUCGUGCCUACUAUCCAAGCAUUGCAAAACUUUCAAACUUUGAUAAAUUGUCUCAUCAACUAAAACAAAAUAUUCAGGAUUUUGAACGUGUCCUUAGCGAAGCUACCACAGAUAAAGAUCGCCCCCCUGGGUAUGAGCAGAAGAUGAUGAUGAUGGAAGCUGUAAUAAGAAAGGCAAAAUCAUGCCCUGUGGACUGUAAUAAUGUUGAUAAGAAGUUUAGACAAUUAGUUGACUUGACGGAGGAUGAAUCUAAUUUUCAUAUGAAACAAAGUGCCUUUCUCUACAAAGUUGCAGUUCAAACUAUGCCAAAAAGUCUACACUGCUUAUCAAUGAGAUUAACUUUUGAGUAUUUUAAAUCUUCAAGCAUUGAGCAGGACCUGGUUAAGAAAUUUCGAGACCCAGACUUGUAUCACUAUGUCAUCUUCUCCAGAAAUAUUCUAGCAUCAUCUGUAGUUAUCAACUCAACUGUACUGCAUGCAAAAGAAAGUGCGAAACUGGUUUUCCAUCUGCUGACUGAUAGAGAAAAUUACUUCGCUAUGAAAUUUUGGUUUUUCAAUAUUAAGUAUGGUGAUGCUGCUGUUCAGGUGCUGAAUAUUGAAGACUCGAAGUUGUAUAAUCAUCAUAUGGUUGGGCAAUUAUACCUGUCAUUGCCUGAAGAAUUCCGUGUUUCAUUUCAUAGGCUUGAUAAUAUUGCUUCUUCUCAAUUUAGAACAAAGUAUCUGUCCAUAUUCUCUCAUGCCCACUAUCUCCUCCCUUAUAUAUUUCAAUCUUUUGGUAAAGUUGUGGUCUUAGAUGAUGAUGUCAUUGUUCAGAGAGACUUGUCAGCCCUCUGGGACCUUGACAUGGGGGGCAAAAUAAAUGGUGCUGUGCAGUACUGUGCAGUAAAGUUGUUUCACCUGGAAUCAAACUUGGCAGGUAGCAGUGUAGAGGGAAAUUCAUGUGCAUGGACAUCUGGCUUAAAUGUUAUUGAUAUGUCUCGGUGGAGGGUACAUAAUCUUACAGAGGCAUACCAGAGGUUGGUUCAGCAGCAGAUGAGCAAACACGGAUUAUCUGAAACAGCUACAUUGAGGGCUGGGCUACUCACCUUUCAAGGUCUUGUUUAUGCACUUGAGGAUAGUUGGAUGUUAUCUGGACUGGGCCACAACUAUUCUGUGGAUGCUAAGGCCAUAAAAUCUGCAGCGGUAUUGCAUUUUGAUGGGAGCAUGAAACCAUGGCUUGAGAUCAGCAUUCCGAAGUACAGAAGAAUAUGGAGGAAGUUUCUGGACCCUCAAAAUCAGUUCCUGAAUGACUGCAAUGUAAAUCAAUAGAAGUUAGACUGCUGCUUGUUGGCUAUAUUUCGAGGAGCAAGAACCUAAUUUCUAUGCGUUCCAAGUGCGGAAAGGGUGUUAAUCAGAGAUCAGCGUCUGGGCAGAUCAAUGUAGACACAUUUAUCAAAAAUGUGAUGGGCGCUCACAAAAGAAAUUUUAUUAUUGUGGCCAGGUGAAAGGUAAAGAGGGAAAGAAUGAUUUGUCUCAGUUGCGUUGGCUGAAUUUACAGUCAAUUGAGAGGCUACACAUGCCAAUCUCUUCUCCUAGGUUGUAAUGCAAUGCUCGGUGCUGUUAAAUGGGCAAAGCAAUACGAGUGUUGUAUUUUUAUUUUUUAUUUUUAUCUUUUCUAUUCGCUCCAGUGGAAGGAAGGUCAGACAUUCUCAAAAAAGAAUAUCCCUUCCCUUCCCUUCUGUUUUCACCAUUUCUGUCAACACCUUGUUGCGAGUUGUGCUGAGCGAUAGUUUUGCAUGAGAACACUAGUGUUUUCACUCACAAGGCAAGCCUUAAGCUUUUUGGAUAAAUUAUAUUACAAUUGA